AUGUGGGGCUGGACGCUGGCCUCCCCCAAGAAGCCCCAGGGACAGAUCCUGUCUGCCUGGCCCAGAACCCGAGCUCCGGGCGGCCGAGGGUCCGUGGCGGAACCGAAAGGAGUGCCCAUCCCAAGGCUAGCGGCUGGGGAGGGGAGCAGAACCCAGGACCACGGCGAUCUUAUCCCUCCCUCCCCGAGUGCUCCCACCACGCCCGGCCCCAGCAGGCACCCGUCCGGCAACGCGGACAGGGCGAGGGAGACAGAACCCCGAGAGCCAGCCGGGUCGACCGCUGCGGCUCUCACUCCGCUCGGCGCCCGAGUUCGGUUCAGCGGGGUCCGGACCAAGGCCUCGGCCCCUCGCGGGCGAUCUGAGCAGACAAAGCCAGCGCUGGCCGCCGGGCCGCCCCGGGGCAGGAGCGAGGGCGCUGGAGGGACCGACCCUGGACCGGGGGAUCAGUCCUUGUCCCCAGAGGGCGCUGGGGGGAGCAGGGGGGGAUCGGCUUCAGACAAUGAGGGGGGCAGGGCCCGACGCUCCAGCGGGGGCUCGGCGCUCUACUCACCCGGGCGCGGUGGCGGCGGCGGCGGCGACAGCAGCGACGCGGCCGGGCUCGGCCAAGGAAGUUAG